ACAGUACUUACAGCUAAUUGACCGAGAGAAAGUUUACAGCAAUCUAAUCAUAAUACCUCUGAGAGAUUGACGAUGUUUUCUGCUUUCGUCGAGGCAUAUCGACAGGGAGACUUCUAUGGAGAUAACUCGGUCGGGAGCAUGGCGAACGAGCCGUGUCUAUGGCUUUUUAAUCGAAUCCGCCCUGAAUUUCGAGUGUGUGUCCUUUUUAUCCUCACUGAGCAUGAGACUUUACUCAGGCGCAGCUGGUUAUUUUAUACAGAACAGUACAUAAAAGAAUUCGAACACACGUAAACAUAAAUUUUCAAGCAGUUUUACUUUAACGACGCAUAAGAACUUAACUUUAUAAAGCCUAAAGUCCAGCAUAUUUUAAUAGAUUAUAACAAGGGUUAAAUUUUUGUUAUAUUUUUAGGUGGUUUGAAUAUAUAAGAACAUAAAUCUACCAAUUGAAAUGAAAGCAUCAAUGAAUAUGACGCUUAUGCUAAUGUUAUUCAUAUUUACUAUUGUUUUUUCUCCAAUUAAAUCUUUUCAAUUGUUUCAACCGUUUCAACAAGUUUCAUCUGUUAGACCUGCGGAUCCAUUUGGAUAUCUCGUACGAGCCGUGGAUUGUUUUUGUGCACUGAGUUGUGAAGGACAAAGACACUAUCGGUCGUGCGUAAUUGAAAAUGGAUACGAAGUUAAUUUGGAAUUCAGUCAAAACUGUGCUCAACAAAUUCAAUUUUACCCAACGACUCAAGAGGUGUAUGCAUUCAUUUGUAAUUCUCUGCGGUCAUGCCCACAAGAAUAUAGCCAAUAUAUCAACUGUCUUGCUUCAGCUCAAUAUGCUUACAGCUUGGACAAACCAUAUUUUUAUCGGACUCUCGAUGUAUGCCUGGCGAAUGCAGACAGAUGUUAAGAAAAAUCAGUUCCUUCAAUUUUUCUUUCUUAACAAUUUAAUGAAAAAUUACAUUAAGCUGGUUAUUAUUAUUGGUUAUUAUAGUUUUUAUUUUAUUUGUAAUAAGUUGGUAUAUAAAAUUAGUUGUAAUAACAAUUUACAAUUUAAUUCUGGGUUGAUUCAAAUUGUAGAACUGUAUUAGAUUUUCAUAAUUCUUAAUAAGCUGAAAUAAAGUAUUUUAAUAACUUGA